AUGGUCAACUCACCUACCUUACUCGGCCUACCAGUCGAAUUGCAGAUCGAAAUUGCAAGACAGCUCGACAGUGACGCUCUGAGCGCGCUACGCUUGUGCUGUCGCGAGCUCGCCGUCAAUACUAUGGACCACUUUGGUAAAGAGUACUUCCUACAUCGCACACACCUGUACACUACACACUCGCUUCUGGCUCUGCGCGACAUCACGGAGACGACAAAACUCGCGCGCCACAUGAAAUUCAUCACGCUGGUCGUCGUUGGUGUUGAAAAUCAGCGUAGCUCGCCUCCAUCUUGUCUCAUUUCUAAGAAGGAUCUCGCGACUGCGGACUCAGAGAGACUCUGGUACGAGGAGGAGCGCCACAAUAUCCAAGCCAACGGAACCACAUACCUCCAACAAAUCUUCACCAAUUUGAAGAAACUCGGAGUGGGUCGAAGCCUGGAAAUCAUGGGUAGACUGUGGGAUACGAGGCCAGGUGAUGAUGUUCAACAGAUCAAGGAUGGCAGCGAGGACUGCGCGCGCUACAAGAGACCCACAUAUGUCUACGGCACGUCAUACUUCAUUGCGCAUGUUUAUCCAUGGGCGACUCUUCCUCAAAUCGAAUACGGAAGCAUCAGUUUUGCAGCUCAAGGCGUCAAAGACGCACUGAUCCGCACUGAACAUGCGAUGGAGUGGUUGGACCUAGGAUGCGAUGGCACUGGUUAUCAUGAGCAGCAGACCAACUUCUGGGAGCUCUCUAAUUCCCAGCUCGCAAGCCUUUCGGCGUCAUGGUCGAGUCUCAAAUCUCUAAGGCUUGCAUUUGAGGCAGCUGUUCCUUCGAAAUCUCUCUCGGCUUUACUCAGCUCGGCUACGGGACUGGACGAGAUCGGCAUUAAUUCUCGCCACGCAGCCUACUUGCAAGUGUUCGACCAGAAUCUUCGCAGAAACCAACUGAAGUCUGUUUUGAUCCUUCAGAUGGAUUGCGAGUACGAAGAACUCGUCCGAUUUGUCGCUCGUCAAAGCAAAAGUCUGGAGAUCCUGGACUUCGGCGAAUUGCUGCUGGGGACGGCAGACGAGCCCGAAAAUUGGGAGUUGUGGAAACUAUUCUUCGGUGUUGCAUCCAAGUGCUUAAACUUGAAGGACCUGAGGCUCUUCUGCCUGCUCGCGUGGUCCCAGCAUUCGGGGCAUAAGAGGUAUUUUCUUCCCAACGGUCGUGAUAGCUAUCACCUUCAUGUGACAGAGGGUGAGGUGGAGAGCCAGAUGGUAUCAAUCUCGAAGAUUGGUAUUGGUUGUGACACUGCUGAGAUCGAAGACCCCGAGAUCGAGGACACCGAUGAAGAGGAAGACGGCGAGGAGGAAGACGGCGACGAGGAAGGCGGCGUGGAAGAAGACGGCGAGGAGGAAGACAGCGAAAACGACGCUGAUGACGAGGAAUCAAAUGGGAGAUUUGAUGAGCGAGUGAUGAGGGGAGUGAAAGAAUGGAAGUUGUACGAGCAGAUGUAG